GUCAAACCUGUCGUACCCAAUGUAUAGGGAAUAAAAAAAACAAAAAAAAAAUGUGUAACACAUAAAUAGGGGAAGUUUCUUCUUUCAGUUCAGUGUUGUUCGGCUUGGGCAAUGAAGUUUGCAGUACAUAUCCUCGCAGGGCUGCUGCUCGUUCUUGCAACAACAAAUGGAAAAAUAUAUAAUAAAUGUGAACUUGCAAAAGCAAUGAAAAUUAGUGGUCUUGAUGGAUUCAGAGGAUACAGUCUGCCAAACUGUGAGUGACUGUAUUUAGAUAUCAUUUUCUAUUUGAAUUAUUACUUGUCAGAGACUGGCACAAUAUAAUUGCAAUUUAUUUCCAUAGGGGUAUGCACGGCUUACUACGAGAGUCGCUUUAACACGAACGCUACAAAUUUGAACACGGAUGGCAGCACUGAUUACGGAAUCUUGCAGAUUAACAGUCGUUGGUGGUGUAAUAAUGGCAAGUCUCCUACUCGCAACGCUUGCAACAUCAACUGCGAUGGUAAGUUAUCUAUAGCUGUGAAUGGUAUUUAUUUUCCCUAGUACCUUAUGGGAGUUGUUCCCAUUAUGGGACUCUAGCACUAGGCUGUAUCAGGGAAAGCAAAUUGUUGGGUGUUUUAAUCAUUAAUUUUUUAGGAUAAUUUUACUAGUUUAAAUGCUUGUAAAAUAAUUUGUGCCUUCACAGAAGAGAAUGAAGUGAUUUCUUUUCUGGAUAACCAUGGCAGCAUAUACAAUUGGCUUAGAAUUGCCCACUAACAGCAGCAAAAAUAGGAAAAACAGUGACACGCUUUUUAAGAAAGCUUCCUUGUCGCGUGACCCGUCCAGAGUUUUUAAUAUUUGCUAAAAUGAGAAUUCAAAGUAAAUAUAUAUAUAUAUAUAUUAAAAAAAAAAUUAUAACUCAAUGUUUAUUGAGUAUCAAUUAUACAAGCAGGUCAAAGAGACAAUCCAGUGAUAAGUGAAAGAACAAAAACAUUGUAGUACAGUUAGCCUUUGAGCAGUCAAAAUAGUAAAGAAAAUAUACUAAUAUUACAUCAGAUUAAUACAACAUGUAUCAUCAGUAUAAUUAAAACAGGCAUAGAGAAAUAGGCAGAAAUAGAACAUUUUGAGUACAAUGAUAUUGUUUUGGACCUCUUGAUCAUCCUGUCUCGGUCCUCUUAGUUUACACUCCCAGCCUAUGUGAAAGUGGGUGAGUGAAUUUCAAACUUAACAUCAGAUUAGCUGAACUGAAAGCACAGUUGAUUUACAGAGUUUUCCAUUUUGGCUAAAUUGGCCUUAAAUUUGAAAUUCACUUUGGUGAAGAACCCUGCCAGUCUUUUUUCCUGCCUUCCAUAGCACAUAAAUGGGAGCAUAGUUUAGAAGGACAAGAUUUUAAUUAUGUGCAUCAGACCUCUAGUUUUGUCUGCUGAGCAAAGAUGUUCACUAGGCAGCAAUUUCAUUGAAUUCACCAGAUCCGGUUAGACGAGGGCCAUGAGUCACUGUUUAGGUUUACGUCCUUCUCCCCUACAUAGAUGAGUUGUCAAAAGCCUCUAUUUUAUCUGUGCUUUUCUUCUGCAGAGGUAACAUGUCACACUUAAGUGAAUAUCCCCAUGUAAAUUGUAAAAAUGUGUUAAAUAUGAAGCACCAAAAGAAAAUCAUAUUGUUCUUUUACUUAAAUCAUUUUUGUUACCUUUUGCAUAAAACUUUGUAUUAGUUAUGUCUUUACCUCCCAAUGACGAAGGGUUUAUGGGGUAAUAAAAAACAAAACGAGGGGCCCUUGAUUGGUGCAGUCUAUUCUUGGUCAUUACAUAAUCAAUGCAUUAAAGUGGAGUCACUUACUACCUAUGUUUCCUUUUAAAUGAAAUAGCAUUGAUUUCCGUUUUGGAAGAUUUCCUUUAAACUCAGACUUAGCCAUGAAUGUAUAACUCACAUUAAAAAUCCAAUUGCACAUGUCACAUGCAUGUACCUGUAUUUACAAUUUCACGUGAUCUUCUUGGGUUGGUUUUUAGAAAAGCAAAACAAAUAAUAAAUGAAAUAUAUAGCAAGUAAAUACAUAUCUCUCUUAUCAGUGCUCAGUAUGAAGGCACACAAAGUCCAGAUUUAUUUAUAACAGGGAUACAAAAAAUAUACGUUUUGGCUACAACGAUUUACUACAACAGACUGCCGAUCUCUUCCAUGGUGUCCCAGGCUUGGUAUUUCAUCUGCCAUUCAUUUUUCUUGAGUGUAUCACCAUUUCUUUGUUUUUCUUCCCAGUGCUGUUAAAGGAUGACAUCACCCAAGCAUUGACAUGUGCCAAGCGUGUUGUGAGCGACCCUAAUGGCAUGGCAGCAUGGUACGUACUGACACUAAGUAUUCACACCUCAAUACCUGAUGAUAGUAGCAACUGUUUAACGUGCAAAGAACAAUAGCCCUCUCAUUGUGUAGAUUAUAUGGUUAGUUUGAUAGCUGAAACUAUUGAAUUCAUUGUUGACAUAUUAUUAAUAACCGAACACUUAUGUUUCUUUCUUACCUAGGGUUGCUUGGAGAAAAUAUUGUCAAGGAAAGGACCUGUCAGAAUGGAUCGCAGGAUGCCAAUUAUAAUACCAGAGCCUUUUCUUUUGUUUAUCAGGAGAAGGUUGUGCAGAUUCACACAGCUUUAAUGCACUAUUAACUUAACUGCAAAUGUUUCUAACAAAAUCAGUUAAAGUUUUGCUUUAAGCAUUGCUGUAUUAAUCAGUUGCUGAUUUAAUGUUCUUACUCAUAAAAUUAUUAUUAAUAAACCAUGGAUCGAUUUGUUUUUAUUUUUCAAACGGUG